CGGUAUUACUAAUCAGCUGAUGGUAGAAAUGUUUGUUUAUAUGGCACCAUAACAAGUCAUUUUAUAUAAAAUGACGGAAAAAAAACGGUUUGUUUGCGUUAAUUGUGGGCACAGAGUCAAAGAAUUAUUCAAGAAAUACAGCAAUACUCUGAAAACUACUCAUUGCGAUAAAUGUCACCAAAUCACUGAUAAAUACAUAGAGUUCGAGGAGUUCAUCAUAUUAAUAGAUGCACUUUUAUUAGAUUCCUGCGCCUUUCGACACAUAAUUUAUAAUGGAGAUUUUAAGCUGUAUUGGAAGAUUUCUUUGGUGGUGCUGCUCCUGGAAUCCUUUGCGCUGUGCCGACAGAAACUAACUGACCCUUCCAAUGCUUCUUUACACGUCCAUGAAAAGGGGUUUUAUACAUAUACGCUUCAAAAUAUGGGAGAUUACCUUUUUAUGACGUUGUUGCUGCUAAUAAUUACAGCUACUCUUAGUAUUGAUUGGAUCCAGAAAAUGGGUCUACGCAGUUUUACUUUAAUUAUAUUCAAAGUGGUGCUGAUUUCGAACCUAUCCAAGUUCUUCCUUCUGCCUAUAUUAGUAUGGCGUAAUAAUACGACCAUGUUUGGAAGAAGUUUGCACCAUAUUUUGGUCAUGGGCCAUCACCUUUGCUCUUUGGUACUCGCCUACGAGGCAGUAGGAGCUACUAAAAAGAAGCUUCGCUGGUGGUCUCUAGCACUUGUAGUACUGGCAUUCUCCUUUAAGUUAACAGCGAGGCAGUUCGUUUCACUUGUGGUGGAAGAGCAUUUUACUUAAGGAAAACCUUUUAAUUUUAUAUAAAAGGCUGAUAAUAAAAAACCAUUCAAAUUAA